ACGGCGUGUCCUUAGCACCUGAAGGACCUCUUUCCAUUUGCUACCCAACAGUCAAGCCAUGCAGCAGUCGGGUCAAAAAGGCACCAGAAACACGCUUCAGCACGCCAUCGGCCCAGUUCUGGUUAUAGCCCAGUUCUUUGGAGUCCUGCCUGUUGCGGGGGUCUGGCCGAGCUGUCGUCCGGAGAGGGUGCGCUUCCGCUGGAUAUCCUUGUCCCUGCUGGCUGCUCUGAUCUUGUUUGUCUUCUCCAUCGUGGACUGUGCGCUAUCCUCGAAAGUGGUGUUCGAUCAUGGACUGAAAAUCUAUACCAUAGGAUCUCUUAGUUUCAGCGUGAUCUGCAUCUUCUGUUUUGGGGUCUUCCUGCUGCUUUCCCGCCGCUGGCCAUACAUCAUCCGUCGAACGGCGGAGUGCGAGCAGAUCUUCCUGGAACCAGAGUACGAUUGCAGCUAUGGACGUGGCUACUCCAGUCGCCUUCGCCUCUGGGGAGUCUGCAUGCUGGUGGCCGCUCUCUGCGAGCACUCCACCUAUGUGGGCAGCGCGCUGUACAACAAUCACCUGGCCAUCGUGGAGUGCAAGCUGGAUGCGAACUUUUGGCAGAACUAUUUUCAGCGGGAGCGCCAGCAGCUCUUCCUGAUCAUGCACUUCACCGCCUGGUGGAUACCCUUCAUCGAGUGGACCACGCUGUCGAUGACCUUCGUGUGGAACUUUGUGGAUAUCUUUCUGAUACUCAUCUGCCGCGGAAUGCAGAUGCGGUUCCAGCAGAUGCACUGGCGCAUCAGGCAGCAUGUGAGGCAGCAAAUGCCGAAUGAAUUCUGGCAGAGGAUUCGCUGUGAUCUUCUGGACCUCAGUGAUCUUCUGGGCAUCUACGACAAGGAGUUAUCCGGUUUGAUAGUGCUAUCAUGUGCCCACAACAUGUACUUUGUUUGUGUGCAGAUCUAUCACAGCUUUCAAUCCAAGGGCAACUAUGCGGAUGAGUUAUAUUUCUGGUUUUGCUUGUCUUAUGUCAUCAUUCGCGUGCUAAACAUGAUGUUCGCUGCAUCCUCGAUUCCCCAAGAGGCUAAGGAGAUUUCCUACACCCUAUACGAAAUACCCACUGAGUUUUGGUGCGUGGAGCUCAGGCGCCUGAAUGAGAUCUUUCUAUCCGACCACUUUGCUCUGAGUGGCAAGGGAUACUUUCUGCUGACCAGACGUUUAAUAUUUGCAAUGGCUGCCACUUUGAUGGUCUACGAACUGGUGCUCAUCAACCAAAUGGCUGGAUCUGAGGUGCAGAAGAGCUUCUGCGAGGGCGGCGUUGGCUCCUCCAAGAGCAUAUUCUCCUACCGAUUUCUUAGGCGUUGGGCAUUGAUCCUUCUGGUGGCCGCUCUAUGUGAACACAUGACUUACGUGGGAAGUGCGGCUUGGAGUAACUAUGUUCAGAUUCGGGAUUGCAAUCUGAAGGUGGGAUUUGUGGAGAACUACUUUCUCCGCGAGCGCCAGGAGUUAUUCUCGGUUUUUGAAUACCGCGUCUGGAUGGUGUUCCUUAUCGAAUGGAACACCAUGGCCAUGACUUUUGUCUGGAACUUUGGCGACAUAUUCCUGUUUCUCAUGUGUCGAGGCUUGAAGAUUCGUUUUCAGCAGCUGCACUGGCGUAUUCGCCAGAAUCUAGGAAAGCCCAUGGCCAAGGAGUUCUGGCAGGAAAUACGUUCGGACUUCUUGGAUCUGGACAGCCUGCUGAAGCUCUACGACAAGGAGCUGUCUGGACUGAUUCUGGUCUGCUGCGCCCACAACAUGUACUUCAUUUGUGUCCAAGUCUACCACAGUUUUCAGGUCAAAGGAGCCUUUAUGGAUGAGCUGUACUUCUGGUUCUGUUUGCUUUAUGUGAUCAGUCGCUUGAUGAACAUGAUGCUGGCCGCUUCCUCGAUUCCCCAGGAGAUCAAGGAUAUAUCGAAUACCCUCUACGAGGUCCGUUCGAGUCCAUGGUGCGAUGAUCUGGGUCGUCUAAGCGAAAUGCUUCGCAACGAAACCUUUGCACUCAGCGGAAUGGGAUACUUUUUCGUAACCCGAAGGCUCAUCUUUGCAUCCUUCUACUUCGUAUUUGCACAAGAUUAUGCACAGAUAAGCACACAAUUGGCAUGGGAGCCAACAAUUAGCGGUGACCAGUGGAAAUUUGCGGGCUUGCCCCAUGUCUGCGGAGGAUUAGUUGUCAGUCGAGCACGGAACAUGGCCAGGACCACUGGGGAUCCUGCCAAGCGCUGCAGGUGCAUGGCACGCAUCAAGUUCUGGCGAAGAUCGCGCGUGAGCAGCGAUGCCACCUUGGGAAUCAUUAAAUACAGAGUCGUUGAAAAGGAUACAAAGCGUCUUAAGCUUUCCUUGAUAAAAGCUUGGCUUCUUCGCAUCAGACAGGAAGAUUAUAAGUACAGUGGAUCCUUUCAGGAAGCCAUCAAGCCUGUCCUUAUAAUCGCACAGAUCUUUGCUUUAAUGCCAGUUCGAAAAGUGAGCUCCAAGUUUGCAGAAGACCUGACCUUCACCUGGUUCAGCGUUCGAUCCUAUUACGCCCUGGUGACCAUCCUGUGUUUUGGUGUUAGCUCUGGUUAUAUGGUGGCCUUUGUGACGAGUGUGUCCUUCAAUUUUGAUUCGGUGGAGACCCUGGUCUUCUACUUGUCCAUAUUCCUCAUUUCAUUGUCCUUUUUCCAACUGGCCAGAAAGUGGCCAGAAAUCGCUCAGUCAUGGCAGUUGGUGGAGGCCAAGUUACCACCUCUGAAGUUGCCCAAAGAGCGCAGAUCCCUGGCGCAGCACAUCAACAUGAUCACCAUCGUGGCCACCACUUGCUCGCUGGUGGAGCACAUUAUGAGCAUGUUGUCCAUGGGCUACUAUGUCAACUCCUGUCCCCGAUGGCCAGAUCGUCCCGUAGACAGUUUCCUGUACUUGAACUUCUCCUCGGUGUUCUACUUCGUGGACUACACCCGCUUCCUGGGCAUCGUGGGCAAGGUGGUCAAUGUACUGAGCACCUUCGCCUGGAACUUCAACGACAUCUUUGUGAUGGCUGUUAGCGUGGCUUUGGCUGCUCGCUUUCGUCAGCUUAAUGACUACAUGAUGAGGGAGGCUCGAUUGCCCACCACUGUGGACUAUUGGAUGCAGUGCAGGAUUAACUUUCGCAACCUGUGCAAGCUGUGCGAGGAGGUGGACGAUGCCAUAUCCAUCAUUACAUUGCUCUGCUUCAGCAACAAUCUGUACUUCAUCUGCGGGAAGAUCCUCAAGAGCAUGCAGGCCAAGCCGUCUAUAUGGCAUGCCCUGUACUUCUGGUUCUCGCUGGUCUACCUACUUGGUCGCACCCUCAUCCUGUCCCUGUACAGCUCCAGUAUAAAUGAUGAGUCCAAGCGACCGCUGGUAAUCUUUCGAUUGGUUCCCCGUGAAUAUUGGUGCGAUGAGCUAAAACGCUUUUCGGAGGAGGUCCAAAUGGACAAUGUGGCUCUGACUGGCAUGAAAUUCUUUCGGCUGACACGCGGCGUUGUCAUUUCGGUGGCCGGCACAAUUGUGACCUAUGAACUCAUUUUGCUGCAGUUCAAUGGCGAGGAAAAGGUGCCCGGCUGUUUCGAAAACUGAAUUUUGUGGGAGUGGCAGGUGGUUAAGUCCGCAAAAUAUAUACUUUGUUGUUGCUG